AUGGAGUCUCUGGAUUUUACAAAAGCGCCCCCCGAGUUCCAGGAGGUCAAAUACCUUAGUGACAUUCUCCUCGUCACCUUAGCAUCGGGAUGGCUUGUGUGCUACUUUGCUACAAUCCGCACGGCGUUUUGUAGUAGAGCCUGUUGGAUGCCUCUGUUACCUCUCUCGUGUAAUGUAGCCUGGGAGCUGGUGUUUAUCACUCUUUAUCCACCACCUGGCUCACCCAUUCUUGGGUUCUGGUUAUUGGUAAACCUCGGCGUUAUCUAUUCUGCACUGCGAUUUGCACCGAGCAAAGCAAGUCAUCUCGCCGUGGAAAAGCAUUAUCUGCCCGUCUUGUUCGUCCUUGCUGUCGGGUUCUGGGCUUGGGGGCACCUCGCGCUUAUUGAACAAUUGAACCCUCUUCCAGCUUUCUACUAUGGCGGCAUGGCUUGUCAGCUCAUGACUAGUGCGGCCGCGCUCAGUGGGCUGGUAGACCAAGGUUCCACGCAGGGUGCGUCCUACACAAUAUGGCUCUCGCGCGUGAUCGGCACAUCAAGUGCCUUGGCCGGGCUCUUUUUCAGAGCACACUAUUGGCCUUCCCUGUGGGCAUGGGCAGACAAUGAACUCAUGAGAUGGCUCGCUGCCGCCUUUGUCAUUCUUGAUGGGGUGUACGGUGUCCAAUUUUGGCGUCUUCGCAGGUCCGAAAAUCAGCUCACUAUCGAUCAUGCCCACCGUAAGACGGAAUGA